CAACUUAACAUGUUUUCACUGAAGAAAAUCAACGACAAACUUUGUGAACACCAAUUAGAUUCAAGCGAUUGUGACAUUAUAUCAAUUAAAAAUGAGUUAGACAGUAAGAUAUCUCCCAAGCGUAAUGUGGCUGAUUCAAAUUGGUAUCGUGAAUCGCGAAAGAACGCAAAAAAUCCUUUAAUUAGCCAGUAUAUACCACUGAGUAUGAAUUCGAAUAAUGCAGUUUCAAAUGAAAAGAGUGAUAAGAACGCCAACCGAUUUAUUUGUAAAGAGAAAGUAAAAUUAGCUGAAAAGUUGAAAGUAGUAACUACAAUGAAUCAAAAAGCAGUAAGCUCUGAAACAGUUAACAAUAGGGAGGUAAGAGAACAACCUACAGAAGAAGAAACCUGGCGUGGAGCAAGACGAAUGAACGAUGCAUCUCAAAAUGGAUCAAAUACUUGUCAAAAUCGAACUCAUGUAAAGGGAUAUAAAGGAAGUGGAAAAGAUAAACAAGAUUAUUCCCUCAAAAAUAAAUAUUCUGAGUCAAUAAAACUAGAUGAACAACAAAUAAAAGCAGCUUUAUAUGAAUUGCAAAGACCAUCAUACCUACUAAUCCCAUUGUAUUAUUUAUGUCAGUUAUGUUGGAAUUUUUGUCGUAGAUAUCCUAUUCGAAUUACAUUAUGCCACAAACAGAAAUGGAGACCAUUACAGAACAUAGAAAAGAUAUGUGUAAAAAAUACUUUAGGUUUGAUUUUUGGAUUAAGCCUAGGAUUCAUAACAUAUUUCUUAUUUAUGAUCACAUUUUCAGGAAAUCCACAUUUAUCCACAUUAUUAAGCGCUUAUAUCAUGUUGAUAAGUGUAUAUGGUUUAGCAUUCUCUGGAAAUUUUCAAUGUAUCACAUUAUUAACAUUUCCAUAUAUAAUUGCUACACGUCUACGUUGGGCAAUUUUAAUCUAUGCAACUGGUAUGUCAUUCAAUGGACCUGGUUUAAAUUUUCUACAUAAUUCAGGUAAUUUUCGCAAUUCCAUUGUUUGUAUCAUAGCACAAGUGAAUACAAAUAUGAUGGUAUUGAAAAAGUUAACUCAAUCACCAUUCAUUGUAUUGAAAGAUCAAUUAGAAAAUAUGAUUGAUGGUAUUAACAAUAUUCUAAAUACCUUAAGAAACUUAUUAUUUAAAAUUAAUUUCUCCAUUAUACAAUUAACUAAUGUAAUGGAAAGUCAAGCUAGUUGGAUACAUUCAUUAAUUAUAGCAUGUGAAGAUAAAGUUUCUUUAAUGAAUCAAUGUUUAGCUUUUUUUAAUAAUAUUUACUUUAGUUGUGUGAAUAGUUUUAAAAUUUUAAGUAGUCUAUGUCGUUUUAUCAGAUUUUUUGCUAAAGAUACUUGUGUUUCAUCAGAAAAAUUUACAGAUUUAUGCCGAAAACAAAGUGCCGUACUUGAAGAGACACUGAAUAUUACAACAACAACAGAAUUAACUAAACAACUUCAUGAAAUAAUCCAUUUGAUUGGGAGCAAAAAUUUAACACUUUAUGGUAAUUUAAGUAAUAUAGAAGUUAUUUUCAAUGAUGAUCAUUAUAUAUCAAAUAAACUUCAACAAAGAAUGGAUCAUUUUGUACAAGCUAUUGAUGUUGUGAAAUUGAUUUUAGCUUGGAUUUUAGUAGUAUGGACAUUAUUCACCAUGUUGAUAUUAGUUAUACAAGCAAUUAUAUUUAAAAAAUGUUGGCUGUCAAAGGACUCAUAUGAUAAUGUAUAUAUAACUGAUGAAUUUAUUAAACAAGAAAUACAAGCCUUCAAACGAGGUUUGGUUCCCACAGUUCCAUUAAUCCGUAAAGAAAAGAAAUUAUACAAGAAGUUAUCAAGUUUCAGCUGGACUAUAUCAGAAAAACAAUCUGCAGUUUUUAAUUCUUUAAUGCUUUUAACAUGGAGUACUUCAAUUAUUCUAGUUAUGAUAACUGAUUAUGUGUAUAUUAUGCGUUUACGACAUGUCAUCAUGAUAUGGUACUAUCCAAAGACAGCAGCUAGACGUGCAGCCUGGCUUCGUAUACAUAUAAGAAAUAACCGUGGCUUAUAUAAUCGUAUUAUACACAAAAUUAAAACAAUAGAUAUCGCUUCAAAUCACCGAUCACAAAAUUUGUCACGAUUUGGAAGAUAUUUAUGCCGUAAUCCACGUGUAGCAUAUUUUCUUAAGUUAUUCGGAGUUCAACGCAUUAUUUGUACAUUUUGUGGUAGUGAUGGGAAUCCAUCAAAAAAAGUUGAAUUUAAACAGAAUUUCACACGUUGUGAAGAAUGUGAUGCUUAUUUUUGUCGUUCAUGUCAAAUAGCCUUGAAUCAUAUAUGUUUAUUAUGUCGUACACCAAUGUUUUCUAUGUCUGUUGAAGUAGAUUUUGAACAUUAUUCAACAGAUGAAGAAAAAGAGUAUAUCAAUGCACGCUAUUUACAAAUAAAUAAGCAUAGUUCAGUCAUAUCUUCUGAUAAACUUACCGACAUAUAAUGUUUGUACAAAUGGUCUGAAUAUUCAAAAUUUCAGUACUCGAAAAAUUAUUUAUUUCAACAAUAUGACAACAAUCUGUUAUAAUAUGUAUGUUAAAUAUUUAAAAAAACCCAGCA